UCCUCCCUGCGGUGUGUGCGCGGAAGGGAGUUGCUUGGGAGGAUGGGCUGUGGGCACCGGGCAUCCUUCCAGCUCCAACGCUCAGGGGCCCAGAGCGGAGGCACGGGCUGUGUGGCGUCUUAGCUGGCCCCUCAUUCUCCUUCCCGCGUCUCCCUGGCGCUCCGGGGGCGGGCCGAGCCCCACUUCGCGGCUAGGUGGCCGGCUGCUCCCAGCAGCCGGGCAGGGAAGCUCCGUGGCGCGGCUCAUCCCCGCUGGCACGUAGAGCGGAGCGGGUCGGGCGAGGACGGGGGCGGAUUCACACACACACAAGCGCGCAGCAGCGGCAGCCGGUGCAGAUUCAGGCGCUCGGUCCAUCUAGGGCGCACCUCUCCAUCUCCAUCUCCAUCUCCCUCCUCCUCCCGCGGCUGCCCCCUCGCCAAGCCUCCAGCGCCGGCCGGGGCUGCCCCCCGCCCCCGCCCCAGCGCGCGUUGCUGGGCUCGGGAGCGCAGCCCGAGUGGGGCAGAGCGCGGCUGCCCCAGCUCCGGAGCGGGGAGCGCGGAGAGCCCUGGCCCGCCGGCGCGCACCCAUGCGCUAGGGGAGCGGAGCGCGCAGGCAGGCGACGGCACCGGCUGCGGAGGAGGAUGCGGGGCUCGGGCGCCCGGGCAGGGGCAGCGGGGCUCGGCUGGAGCCGCGGCGGCUCCCCGGCUCCCCUCUGGACGUGCCUCCUGCUGUGCGGGGCGCUGCGGAGCCUGCUGGCCAGCCCCAGCAACGAAGUGAAUUUACUGGACUCCCGCACAGUCAUGGGGGAUCUGGGAUGGAUAGCCUACCCGAAAAAUGGGUGGGAAGAAAUUGGUGAGGUGGAUGAAAAUUAUGCACCAAUACACACAUAUCAAGUGUGCAAAGUAAUGGAACAGAAUCAGAACAAUUGGCUUCUGACUAGUUGGAUCUCCAAUGAAGGAGCCUCCCGGAUCUUCAUCGAACUCAAGUUCACUCUGAGGGACUGUAACAGUCUUCCAGGAGGACUCGGGACUUGCAAAGAGACUUUCAAUGUGUAUUACUUUGAAUCAGAUGAUGAAGAUGGGAGGAAUGUCAAAGAAAACCAGUACAUCAAGAUUGACACCAUUGCCGCCGAUGAGAGCUUCACUGAGCUCGACCUUGGAGACCGGGUCAUGAAGCUGAACACUGAGGUCAGAGAUGUUGGGCCUCUGACCAAAAAGGGAUUUUACUUGGCUUUCCAGGAUGUAGGUGCCUGCAUCGCCCUGGUUUCCGUGCGAGUGUAUUACAAAAAGUGCCCUUCCAUUAUCCGUAACCUGGCCCUCUUUCCUGACACCAUCACUGGGGCAGAUUCCUCCCAGCUGCUGGAAGUGUCGGGCUCGUGUGUGAACCACUCUGUGACCGAUGAGCCUCCAAAGAUGCAUUGCAGUGCCGAAGGGGAAUGGCUGGUGCCCAUUGGAAAAUGCAUGUGCAAGGCAGGGUAUGAGGAGAAGAACAGCACCUGUCAAGUCUGCAGACCUGGAUUCUUCAAGGCCUCUCCCCAGAGCCCAUCCUGCAGUAAGUGCCCCCCUCACAGCUACACACACGAGGAAGCAUCCAUCUCCUGUCUGUGUGAAGAACACUAUUUCAGAAGGGAGUCGGACCCACCUACAAUGGCCUGUACAAGACCCCCCUCAGCUCCUCGGAAUGCCAUCUCAAAUGUUAACGAGACUAGUGUCUUCCUGGAAUGGAUUCCCCCGGCUGACACUGGUGGAAGGAAAGAUGUGUCUUAUUAUAUUGCAUGCAAGAAGUGCAGCUCCCCCUCGGGGCUGUGUGAGGCGUGUGGCAGUCAUGUCAGGUACCUCCCCCAGCAAAUCGGCCUGAAAAACACCUCUGUCAUGAUGAUGGACCUGCUUGCUCAUACAAACUAUACCUUUGAAAUUGAGGCAGUGAACGGAGUGUCCGACCAGAACCCUGCAGCACGGCAGUAUGUGUCUGUAAAUGUAACCACAAAUCAGGCAGCACCUUCUCCAAUCAGUAUUGUGAAAAAAGGAAAGAUAGCUAAAAAUAGCAUCUCCCUUUCCUGGCUGGAGCCAGAUCGACCCAAUGGCAUCAUCCUGGAAUAUGAAAUCAAAUAUUUUGAAAAGGAUCAAGAGACCAGCUACACCAUCAUCAAAUCAAAAGAGACGAAGAUCAUGGCGGAUGGCUUGAAACCAGCAUCGACAUAUAUCUUCCAAAUCCGAGCGCGCACAGCAGCAGGGUAUGGUGGCUUCAGUCGAAGAUUCGAGUUUGAAACCAGCCCAGUGUCAGUAGCUGCAUCCAGUGAUCAGAGCCAGAUUCCUAUAAUAGCUGUGUCAGUAACAGUUGGAGUUAUCCUGUUGGCAGUUGUUAUUGGUUUCCUUCUCAGUGGAAGUUGCUGCGAUCAUGGCUGUGGGUGGGCUUCUUCCCUGCGUGCUGUUGCGUAUCCAAGCCUAAUAUGGCGCUGUGGAUACAGCAAAGCUAAACAAGAUCCAGAAGAAGAAAAGAUGCACUUUCAUAAUGGCCAUAUUAAAUUGCCAGGAGUAAGGACUUAUAUUGACCCACAUACCUAUGAAGACCCCAAUCAAGCCGUCCAUGAAUUUGCCAAGGAAAUUGAAGCUUCAUGCAUAACAAUUGAAAGAGUUAUCGGAGCCGGUGAAUUUGGGGAAGUUUGUAGUGGGCGUCUGAAACUGCCUGGAAAACGCGAGUUUCCAGUGGCCAUAAAAACCCUCAAAGUGGGCUACACUGAAAAACAAAGACGAGAUUUCCUGGGGGAAGCAAGCAUCAUGGGACAGUUUGACCAUCCCAACAUCAUUCACUUGGAAGGUGUUGUCACAAAAAGUAAGCCAGUAAUGAUAGUGACAGAGUACAUGGAGAAUGGCUCUCUUGACACAUUUUUAAAGAAGAACGACGGGCAGUUCACUGUCAUUCAGCUGGUUGGGAUGCUGAGAGGAAUUGCAUCAGGGAUGAAGUACCUAUCAGACAUGGGUUACGUACAUAGAGACCUUGCUGCCAGAAACAUCCUCAUCAACAGCAAUUUAGUGUGCAAAGUGUCUGACUUUGGGCUGUCCAGAGUCCUAGAAGAUGAUCCUGAAGCAGCAUACACAACAAGGGGAGGGAAGAUCCCGAUCAGAUGGACAGCCCCAGAAGCCAUCGCCUUCCGCAAAUUCACCUCGGCCAGCGACGUCUGGAGCUAUGGGAUAGUGAUGUGGGAAGUAGUGUCUUAUGGAGAGAGACCCUACUGGGAGAUGACCAAUCAAGAUGUGAUAAAAGCUGUGGAGGAGGGCUAUCGUUUGCCAAGUCCCAUGGACUGCCCGGCUGCUCUUUACCAGCUAAUGCUUGACUGCUGGCAGAAAGAUCGGAACAGCAGGCCCAAGUUUGAUGAAAUUGUCAGCAUGUUGGACAAGCUCAUCCGUAACCCGAGCAGCUUGAAGACACUGGUUAAUGCGUCGAGCAGAGUGUCAAAUUUAUUAGUGGAGCAUAGCCCCCCGGGAAGUGGCGCCUACAGAUCAGUAGGUGAAUGGCUGGAAGCCAUCAAAAUGGGACGGUACACAGAGAUCUUCAUGGAAAAUGGAUACAGUUCAAUGGAUGCCGUGGCUCAGGGAUUUGAGGCGGCUUGGAGUGACACUUGUUGGUCACCAGAAGAAGAUAAUGAGCAGCCUUCAAGAGAUGAAGGUCCAGUUGGUGAAUGGGAUGGUGCCAUUGUAACUUGGUUUUAAAGUCACUUUCUCAAGUGAUCGACCCUGCACUUUGUAAACUAGCCCUGAGAUUUAUUAUAACAAAAAGAACAAAAAAAGGGAAAGUCAGUUAUUUCUAUAACUGAAGGACAUUGGUCUCUGCCACAUAAUUUAUAAUCAGUGUUUGACUAAAAAUUUGCAUUUCCUUCCUAUUUGUGUCUUCAUAUUCAUGAAGUAAAUGUAACAUGCAUGGAAAUGGAUCUACUGUACAUGAGGUUAACCAUUUUCUUAUGCUUCAGCAACAGCAACAAGAAAAAGCCUUCCCACCACACUUUGUCUGUACAUGGAAUAUAUAGAGAGCACCUUUAUAUACUGAAUUAUGGCAGCACAUGUUAAUACUUCCAAGGACUUAACUUGAAUGGAAAAGUUUUGUAGCCAUUCAUGGGCUAACAAAAGCUGCAGUUUCCUGAAGUUUACUUCAAGUCUUAUUUGUCUACAGAAGUGUAUUGAAGAGCAAUAUGAUUAGAUUAUUUCUUGAUAGAUAUUUUGUUUUGUAAAUUUAAAAAAUGCUGUUACACAGCAUUAAGUUAUAGAGACUAGUGUAGAAACAUGUUGCUUGUCCAGUGGCAAAUACAAUACAGGGUGUAUAUUUUCCCCCCUCUGUGUUAUCAAGUUCCUUUUAAUUUGCUCUUCUCUGAGAUGAAUACAUGAUUAAUAUGUAUAUACUGUACAGUUUGCUACACAUCCAGGUACAAGAAGUUUUGGUUAGACUUGGUUUGGGUUGUUUUCUGCUACCACUUUGCUUGUAUUUUUGCUGCUGUUUGGUUCAAACAACAUAUACAAACAAAGCUUUCAGGAGUUUUAAUUACAUAUGUGAGGUAACAAGAGUGCAUUUCAAUAAAAGCUGUUUCUCUCUCUGUUUCUACAUGAGCUCUGGAUAUUAAGGGGUAGAUUUCAAAAGCAUAAAUGGGAGUUAGCCAUCCAACUCACAUUGGCUUUCAGUGGCAGUUGGGUACCUAAUUCUUCUGGACCUUUGAAAGUCUCCCCCUAAAAUAUCCAGCUUGGCUCAGGACCCCUGUGUACUGUGACCAGUCUGCUGCAAAUGGACUUAAUCUCAGGGGCCCAUAUGCUUCCAAGCCAGCUGGGUCUGGGUAGAGACUAGUCACUGUUUUUAGCUCUGGAUCUAUAGGGCACACUCCCAGACUCAGACCUCUUGUCUUGAGCCCUAAUUGGCUUGUCAGUCCACCACCCUAAACAAUAAAACCAGUGCCUCUGACCUCCCGAGCCACUCAGUUGCUUACACACGCUAGCCCAGAGCUCCACUGAGGCUGUGCGCUCUCUGGGUACGAGGUUAACUCCUUAAAGGACAGCAUGGCAGGGAAGAAGGGAGUACAGGCUUAGAUAAGGAAUCUCUUCACCACAGACACUUUACUCUUCAAAACAUUGCAGUUACAGAGCAUCACAAAAUAACAGAAGUCCAUUAGUCUGAUCUCACCACUCUUGUGAGCCUGUGGUCUGUUCAUGUUUCAGGCUGGACAAAGUCCCUCCUGCCCUCUUUUUCCACCAAGCCUUCAGUUCUGUGGUGAUGGCCAGCCCCCCAACUCAGAGCAGCACCCCUUCUUAAGUGCAGUCUCUGUCUCCUUCACCCAGGUGCUCCUCUGGAAAGCUUAUCCCUUCCCCCCUUCAGGCCCCAGUGUAGAAAAACCAUCUUUCAAUUGAGUCAGCAGUUGGGAAACAAUCAAAGUGGAUGGCCCUAGACUGCCAUAUUGAUGCUUUCUCCUGCUGUCCCUUCAAUGAAAUGUCAAGCAGCUUUCCUGGGUAGUGUGUCUAUCUGCAACACAAUUCAAUAAGCUUACCUUGAUUAACAUUAGGCUUGUGUUCGGCACAUCAUACAAAAUGGAGUUCCUAACACAAGAUGGAGGUUACAGUUUGAUUCUUUGCAGGAUAUGAGAGAGCCAAGAGGGGUCAGGUAAUCUUUUAAUGGACCAACUUCAAUUUGUGGAAGAGACUAGCUUUCGAGCUACAUAAAGCCAGACCUGAAGAAGAGCUCUGGGUAACUCAAUAGCACAUCUCUCUCUCACCAACACAAAUUGGUCCAUUAAAAGAUAUUACCUCACCUCCUUGUUACAGUUUGAUACAGACAUGUCCCACUCCGUCACAAAGCACACAGGAGCAGAAGGAGAAAUGUGCUGAAUUUGAUAAAUGCGAUGGAAUCCUAUAGUAGAGAAGUCAUUUGUUUGAACAACAACAUUGCUCUAGCCAGAACUUGACUGUAACCAGUUUCAAUUUGCACAUAGUAAAGCAUGGGUGCUGGGAUUUUCAAAGAAACCUAUUGGAAUUAGGCACCCAGCUCCCAUUGAAUUCCAUCUUGAAACAAUGAGGGACUUUGAUUGUAUUUCUGUAUAGAUGGAAUUCUCCAAUUGUCUAUAAUAGGCCCCAUAGUCCGUUUUAAGAAAAAAGUCUCUGUUAAAGAUAGGGAUUGAAAGACUUGCUCAAAUGAUGGCAAAUAUUUUUCAUUAUUCUAGGGAAUACUAGUUGUUUAUGUGGGUUGGAUAGCAUCUUGCAGCAUUCUUUCUUGAAGAUGGUAUCAACAUAUUCUGUUUUCCUUUCUCUUCUUCACCUCUGGAAUAAAAGAGCAUCUAAUCUGUUGCUUAAAUGAUUCAUUCCUCUCACUCAGAAGCAAGUAUCUGAAUACCACUUUAGUUGUUCUUAAACAUCUUUUCUUUUUAUAUUUCCUCAAACCCCAAAUACAAAUAGCAGCUUCUAAUAAAACAAAAUCUCUCACAAAGAAAGAUGGGGCUUGUGCUCCUAAAUCUCUUUGGUGCAUCUUCAAGUUUCCUGCAAACAUGUUUAGUAAAAGCAUAUACCUAAAAAAAAUCUUCUUUCUAGAACUGUUAGUUACUUCUCAGUGAGAUAUCGGUACCUUUCCAAUUGGUGACAGGUCCAGGGGUGAACAGAUGUAGGAAGAAGUCAGAUGUAUCUGGAAAGGGAGUAAAGAAAUGCCUUCUUCCUACAUCUGUUCACCCCAGACCUGCCACCAAUUGGAAAGGUACCAAAUUCAUCUGCUAAGGUAAGAAAUGGAAAAAAGAGACAACUUAUACCAGAAGGGGCAGGUUUGACAAAUCUUGGUUGUGUGAUUUCUUGUCUUAUUGUUUUAUUUUUGUCAGCCACUGGGCCACAAAGAAAAAAAAAACAAAUCAAGACAUAACAAUUGCUGCA